CAUCAUCACCGGCCGGGGCUCGCUCAGUUUAAUUCUUUUUCCUUUGUGGCAUGGGUAACAACCCUUAUUGGAGAGGAGUAGCUACAUUCUCUUCCCAUCAUGGAUUCCCAUAAGGAGGAGGAGGAGGGUCAAAAUACCGUUUGGAAGGAGCGAGCGUUCACUUCGAUCAUUGGAGCUGGUGAACCUGAUGGAGGGAUAGGAUGUUGUGGAAUGAUCUUAACGUUUUUCUCAUGGAUUGUUCUCAUCUGUACUGUGCCCUUUUCACUCUUUGUCUGCAUAAAGGUUGUUCAAGAGUAUGAGAGAGCGGUUAUUUUUAGAUUGGGUCGGCUACUCGCUGGAGGUGCUAAAGGCCCAGGUAUUUUCUUGAUCCUGCCUUGCAUUGAGAGCUACACUAAGGUGGAUCUCAGAACUGUUUCAUUUGAUGUACCCCCUCAAGAGAUUCUCACCAAAGACAGCGUGACGGUGUCUGUGGACGCGGUCGUCUACUACCGAGUCCAGAACGCCACCAUCAGCAUCGCCAAUGUGGAGGACGCCAAUGCCUCGACCCGCCUCCUGGCCCAGACCACCCUGCGGAACGUGCUCGGAACCAAGAACCUAUCAGAGAUCCUCUCAGACCGGGAGGGUAUCAGCCAUUAUAUGCAGUCAAGUUUGGAUGAGGCGACAGAUCCUUGGGGUAUCAAAGUCGAACGUGUUGAAAUUAAAGAUGUUCGUCUACCUGUUCAGUUACAGAGAGCUAUGGCUGCAGAGGCUGAAGCUGCCAGGGAAGCAAGAGCAAAGGUAAUAGCAGCAGAGGGAGAACAGAACGCCUCGCGAGCCCUGAAGGAAGCUGCUGAUACCAUCUCAGAAUCCCCUACCGCUCUCCAGCUUAGAUACCUUCAGACCCUCAACACUAUCUCAGCCGAGAAGAACUCAACAAUCAUCUUUCCUCUGCCAAUUGAUCUUCUAAAGAGCCUUCAGAGACGGAAAUAGGGGACACUUUGCAUCUUUCGGCCAAACUUUCAUUUCUGUCAUAGUGUCAUGAAGAAGUGGUAAUGCAUAGGAGACAUUGGAUUGCAUUGCUAGAUCUCAAGGCCCAGCAUUUUUUCUACGAUAGGAGACCACCCCCCCCCCUCCCCCUCCUCAAAAUGGCAAUGGUAUUUUAAUCCCAUUCUGUGUUUAACCAAUCAACCAGUGUAUUGUUCUACAUGAUGUAUAAAACUGAAGUAGAAUAGAACAUAAAGCUGGAAAUAAACAAGGAAUGCGAUGUCAAGAUGUUAUCUAAAGUUUUAGCAGAAUUUUCAACAAAAAAUUAUUUCACUUUUUAAUUAGAUUCUUGUGCAAAGUAGGUGCUUAAUAUUCGUGCAAUAGUGGUAUUUUUCUAGAUGCUAAAAUGUUCCUCUGACAGCUGAUAUUUAUUAAAGAAGUUAAUAUUUUGUUUGCCAAAGUUAUCCAGUUUUAAUUUUGAUAAAUACAAAACAUCUGUUUGAAAAUGGAUGAGAAAAAUUUCUAGGUAUGCGAAUAUAGUUCUUAAACUACUGGCAAAUGAAAUAAUUUUGCAUAGAAAUAUUAUUUAAGAAAUAUUUAAAACAAGAAAUUAGAUUAAAAGGUAGCAUGCUCCUGUACAUGGAAAUGUGCAAAUUCGAUGUUGGACAUGCAAAUGGAAAGAGCUCUUUUUGAGAAUAACAUGACCAAAAUUCAUUGAAUGUUUUUUGUUCAAAUUAACCCUUCAUGAUUAUUUUUUAACAUUGUAAUGUAUAAUAUUAUUAAGUUGUACUUGUAUUGUUUGUGAUGUUGUUAUUUUCUGCAUGAUAGCAAUGAUGAAUAUGUGAUUUUCACACUGUUAUUGUCAUUUUGAAUUAUUAUUGUGU